CCCACCCUCCGUAUUAGCGGCCAAUCCGACCACUCCCAAACCGUCGCCAUCGCAACCCGGACUUCCGCUUCCGGCGGCCGUAAAGCGGACAAGUGGCGUCGUAGUACGUGCGCAGUGAGGCUGGACCUACAGCGGCUAAAGGCUGGGGGCAUCCUGAGCCAUGAUUGAGGUUGUGUGCAACGACCGUCUGGGCAAGAAGGUCCGUGUGAAAUGCAACACUGACGACUCAAUAGGAGAUCUGAAGAAACUGAUUGCGGCUCAGACAGGCACCCGCUGGAACAAGAUCGUCCUUAAGAAAUGGUACACAAUCUUCAAGGACCACGUGACCCUGGGGGACUAUGAGAUCCAUGAUGGAAUGAACCUGGAGCUUUAUUACCAAUAGGGGCAGCAACACCCCAUCCCCCAAAUCUUCACUUCUUUUCCCUUUUUAAAAGUCUAAUAAAAAUAAUUUCAAUGCUGGU